AAUCGUAUUUUUCACACAUUUAUUACUCUCAUAAAUCGUAUUUCAUACGGCACGUAUCAAAAUAUUUCCAUUUUUACAAUUCGGCGGUUGGCAUCCCUGUCAGUCCAUGGUGGUCGUUUUGCGGUGAAGUUCACACUGGUGAAAGUGUCAGAUGAGGCCAAGGAAACACAAAAACCAUUCUGGCUCAGCAUAAUACCAGUCGAAAAGUCUCUGAAAAUGGAUAAUGUUGGAGUGAAAAGUGCAAAAAUGUGCACCAAGUGAGACGUGGAAGUGCAUGCAAGUCAUCAUAGCAGUGAAUUGUCGAGGCGAUUUCCUACAGAGCGAGAUUUGCAGUGUCCUAGUUUUCAGCACAAAAGAGAGGAGAAAUCUUCAACUUUAUUGGCAAUUUUCACAUCCCAAGAAAAGCACUCGAGGCAGUAUUCUUGAGGUGUUUCCCACGCCAUUCCGCGGUUCUGGACGUGGAGCAGUGCCAGGAGGCAACGAGGCAUGAUCCUGCAGUGGAUGAAAGGUGUUUUUUAGUUGCAAAAGUGUGGCAAAAAACGUCUGGAAAGUCCGUGAAAAUUUUGAGUGCGCAGUGGGAAAAUCCCCAGUGAAUGCUCAUGUAAAGGCCAAGUUGCUGUCUUGUGUGGAAAAUUGCAAGGGAAAGGAGUAGUUUUCCGACGUGAUCUCCCAGAGGUUCUGACCACAAACCAUUUGUGGGGUCUUGAAAAGAGAAAGAGGUUCUGUGCUUGUGUGCGUAUUGCUAAAUAUUGUGUAAAUCGCAUUGAACGCUUGUGAAGACCAAACAAAAAGGUGAAAAAAAGGCCAAAGUUGGGCCUUUUUCCCAUCAAGAGCGGGAAUUCGCAGUGCUUCUGGAUGUCGUGGAGCCUCUAAGGGGGCCACUUGAGGCAGAAUAGCGACUCCCAAACUUCCUGUUGGCGCCCAGCAUCGCCGCAGAUAAGAGAACUUGGUCAUAAAGUGCUCUGGCAGUGACUCGAGUGUCGGUCCAGGCAAGAAGUCAGUGAGGGAUUUACCGAGAAAUCCAUUGAUUCAUCCUCAGUGUGUGCAAGGAAGGAAUAUCUGUGGCAAAAAUGUCUUCGAAAAACAUACCUGCAGAUAAGAUAAAUUUGCGCUUGAUACUCGUGAGUGGCAAAACGAGAGAGUUCCUCUUCAAUUCAUCGGAUUCGGCAGGUGAUAUCGCUCAAACUGUGUUUGACAAUUGGCCAGAAGAUUGGGAGUCGGAAGCUGUUUCAAAAGCAGAAAUACUAAGGCUGAUUUAUCAAGGUAGAUUUUUACACUGCAACGUAACACUCGGAGCACUUGGACUGCCUUUAGGAAAGACAACAGUGAUGCAUUUGGUACCACGAGAUAAUUUGCCGGAACCAAAUUCGCAAGAUCAAAGGCAAAAGAGCAAAGGAGCGUCCAGUAGAUGUUGUUCUGCGGCAUGUUGCAUCUUGUAACUAUUUUAUCGUCUUCUUCUGAAUGUGUAGAAUGUGACAAAAUACAAUUUUUUGUCUUCUCUGUGUGGAGAGGACAUUGCAAGAAAGAGAGAGAGAGAUAAGAAAUACGUCUAUAAUUAAUGUUAAAAACAAGAGAUGAUUUUAUUUGAUUAGAUGAUAAAUAGUAAGCAUAUACAUAUAUAUUUUAAAGAAGAGUGAAGUCCACAAUUUGACCAUUAAUUCUAAUUGGCUAAAUUCAUUGAUUUUUUUUUGUCAGAAUACAAUUGAACACACGAUUUCUUUUUUUACCUGCGAAUUUUGUGUUUCUCUCCAUCGGAGAAUUCUCUGUUCUUAACUUUUGGCAACAUCAAAAAGAUUUUCUUUCACACUCAUCGCUUGGGGAAUAGAAUGAAGUGGGUGAGAUGGUGACAUCAGAGCAAAUUUCAUUUCUUUGCCCUAUUUUAAGUAUUUAUGAAAGUUAACAAGAAAAAGUGUGGAAAGGAAAAUUGUCAGUGUAUCAAAAAGUUUUGUGGGCGCGACGACGCGAGAAAAGGUGUGAAUAGGAAUGAAAAUUGUCUUCUCAAUGAAGUAAAAAAAAAAUACUAUAGACGUGUUACAUCAUAAUAUGAAUAAAUUAAGGAAUUACAAUAUUAUUAAUUAUAUUUACAGUCCCACAAUGAAAAAAAAAUCACUCAGCAUUGCAACAGAGAGUAAAUAGCGAUGGUGGAAGAGGGGUUAUAUGAAAGAUGAGCAGAAGGAAAUUUAAUUAGACAAGAUAAAAUAUUUAUAAAGAGAGGUUGAAAUUAUAUAUGGGAAUCCGGAUGUAAAAGUAUGAGACUUGUGUAAAAAUCCAGCGAGACGAAGUGGAAAAAAGAUUUGUUAUUCCUAGAAAAAGAGUGGAUAUUACUGAGUGGGAUGUUAAGAGAAGGCAAAAUGCAGGCAUAAAUGGUGGACGGAGAGGAGAGUACUCGGAUGAAAAGUGGGGAAUAAAUGUUAUAAAUGUGUCUAUUGCUCGGUAGAUGUAUUACUAUAUAAAAAUUAAAUGACUAUGGAUAAUAAUAAUGGCAAAAAUGCAAUUACACCCAAUGAUAUUUGCAACUCUAGAAUUGACUAUUCUGAAACAGUGAGAAAUAAUAAUUUUCCUAUCCAACAAUAUUUCCAGAGAAAUAAUUCAAUUAUUGGAAAAGAGUACAUUGUCAAAAUAGAUGGAGAGCACACAACACCAGACACAUUUUACGUGAUUGUCGAAGAGAAGAUGGUUUUAGUGGAAUAAAAACAUACUGUAAAUAAUAAGUUUAGAACGGUAGAUACAUAAAUUCAGAGAGAUUCUUCUUCUUGGACUAUAUUUGUAUGUGAAAUGUCCAAAAUAUUGCGAAAUUAAUACUCUGAUAUAGAUGAAUUUAUGAUGCCGACUCGUGAUUAUGUUCAAUUUCAUUGCUGUUUAACUGUGUGAAAUAACCUGAGAUGUCUAAAUGACUGCUUCAUAGUUGAGAUUCAGUUGAAGUCAAACUCCUUGCAAAUUCUCAAUGAAUAAUAUCACUGAAGUCACGUGUCGGACACUCUAAUAUCAUUUUUCCUUUUAUUUCCUCUCGAAUUUUGUGCCAAAAAAAAUUUAACUUUCUUCAAACUUAGGGCAUAAAUACAAUUUAGUAAAAACUGCGAAAUCCUCAUCUUUGUCAGAAAUUAUCUAUUCGUAUAAGCAAUUAUUGUUACAUUUCAAUCAGUUCUAUGUAAUUUAUGGAGUUAUUUCAAAUGAUUUCCCUUCCUACAAUGCCAUUAAAUUGCUCCUAAAGAUACAAAAUAUUAUAUAGAGAAUGUGUUCAAUGCAACAAACUCCGCUCAUAGUUUGAAUUGUUAAUUUGCUAAUUCCCAGUACAUCGAAUAUGUGGUUAUUGUUCUGUUUAAUAGAUGAUUGAGGAUUGUUUAGCGUGAAUAGAAGAGGAGAGUACAAAAAUCUUUAGUGUAUUUGUGUGUAUUGUUGACUUUUAUACAUUUUUUUCCUGGCCAAGAAAAUGGCCAUAAAGCAAGGUUUGCGUUAAUUAUUUCUUGUGAAAUUUAGUCUAAUUGGAGCAAUUGCACUCUAUAUAGUCAUUCUAUUCCUGACAAAGUGAAGAUUUUACGCAAGAAGAAUUGUUUGUUCAUUUUCCUUUCAUCGAAAAAAGCACAUGAGGAAAAUCCCCCCAGUUGUAGAGAGAGAGAGAGAAAGAGAAAAAAUGCAGGAGAACGUGAGAAAGAGAUGAAGAAAAAUUUGUAAAGAAAUUAAGUAAUAUCUGUGAUAUGAUUCUUCAGUAAUUUCUCCAUUUUUUCGCCACUUUUCAUGAAAGCAGAAGUGAGAGAUUUCAUUGUGAAAUGCUCACGUCUCCUUAUGUUGCCCAUAAUUAGUUUUCGCUUCUUCUUUUUGCAUACCUAAUUGGAGUAUUAAUUUCAAUAGCGCUGCAAAUGCCAAUUUAACGAUCCAUUCUCAUUGAAUGCAAUUUUCUAUCAUCACUUUUUGGCAUCGUGAGAGAAAUGCAGAGUUUUUCAGUGAAACAAAUCAAGCACGAGCAGUGAAAACAAGACGCCUUGCAAGGCUUAUAAUAAAAUGAAAGAGAUAGAUAAAAUGAUGUGUAAUAAAAUUGCGUGUUUAAAUUACUAUAUAUAUAUUAUAUAUAUCGUAGAACUACAUAUUAAAUGAGAAUUACCAGUUGUUGUAAUAAUUCAAUUCUUUCCCGUGUCAUUUUUCUAACACAACUCAAGAAAGAAGAUUUUGUGUGAUUUUCCCGAGUUAUUCUUUUAGCCAAAAAAAAAAGAUGGAAUUUAGCGUAAAAAACCAGCUGUAAAAUCAACGAAUCCUUUCGAUUUUCUCAAAUUUUCCAAAAAUACAUAGAAUAGCAGAAAUGCGACAAUGGAGAAGCGAAAAGGUUUCUUCACUGAGAAAAUACGUUUACAAAUUUUAUUCUAAAGGAAAUUUAUAGCAAAAUUAGUAGAAAAGAAAAGAAAAAAACAUCGAAUUGACAUUCUGUAUUUGUUGUCCACUCUUUCUUUAAAACACAAAAGAACAAAAAUCUACAGUUCAAAGCCACUAAUUAGCAAAUAAUGCCAAGAAAACUUAAUGUUGAGUCACAGAGUAAGAAAAACAAUCUCUUUCCAAUCAUUUUACUAAAACUCCCCUCCAUUUCCUGUGAGAAAUGUUAAGAAAUAAAAUUCUAAGCUAUAUUGAUGAAAUGAAGAAAUUAUAUAUUAUUAAUUAGAGAUAGUCUAAUGAAAAGAAAAAAAACGAGAUUUAAUGAGACACAGUUCUGGGUUAUUUACAUAAUUUGAAUUUGCCGUAACUUUGCUGAUUAAAGGAUGGAGAAAACAUCACGCAAAAAGAGCUCGAUAGAGUGUUCAAAAGAAAUAACUAAUACAAUAGAUUAGGUAAGAGAAAAUCCCAAAUAAUAAUAAUCAAAGAGCGAAAGAGUGAGUGUGUAAAUAAGUGUAUAAAAUGCCCAUUUUUGUUGUGACAGAAUAUUAUCCUCAGAAAUACAGUGGAAAUGUAUGAUUAAUUUUAA